AUUUUUUGUUUGUAUUUUUCUAUUUGAAUUUGUAAUUGUAGUUGUUUGGUAGAUUUUAAGGACCACAAUGAGAACUACUGGUUUUACCAGUAAUUGUGUUAUCCAAUAAAAUCAUUAUUUAUUUGAUAUUUAAAAGUGUUCUGCUACUGACUGUUGUCUUGAACUUCAUGUUGAAGUUUGCAAUUGAAUUCCCAAGUCGCCCAAGCUCAACACGUGAACACAGCUAUCACGUUAAAAAAAAGGGAAUAUAUAUAAGAUUUCUGCCCUAUCAUCUAUUUAAUAACUAGCAUUGUGAUCAGCUUAUAAUUUUGCUUAUGAGAGUCGCAGCAUAACACUUAAAGCCAUCUCACUUUUGCCACUCCUGAUUGGUUAAAAAAAAAAUGAAAUUAACAGUGCAGCAUCCUCCUUCCAUGCACUCUUCUGUUAUCCAAUUGAACUUCACUUUCAGAUUUUGUGUUGCAAUCUCCUUCCUCAUCAAGAGUUUCAGGCUGGUGUACCCAUUUGAGAAAAGGAGAUAUGUUGCCCUUACAGAAAUCAAAUGUCUCACUUUAAAUGUCAACUCUGUGUUUGUUCUUCCCACCCAUGUCUUUUUUCCAUCAACCUGUAACUUUUUGUGCAUCUCAGCUUUGCUAAUCCUUUCUAGAUUUUGGCAUCAUACUGACUUGUAUAUACUCUACAGGUACCUUCUCCUUUUCAUCGACAGAACACUUCAUAACACUUUGGCUAAGAGUGCAUACUUUCAGAAAUGAAAUCAUACCCAAGUUGAAGGAGUACAACAUAUUCUUUGAGGGAAGGAAAGCUCUACAGUUAACCAGCAAGGAGGUUGACGCUUUGGACUUCUGAUGGCUUCUGAUCAAUUUGGGCCUCCUAACAAAACAGCUCAGUCUAAUUAUGCUCAGCUGUGCCGUCUUCUGGUUGAUUGUGGAUGUCAUGCCUUGAGAGUAACAUUCGAUAACAUCCAUCCCCCUGGACAGCUUUAUACAGUUCUGUCUAGUGAUUCAGUACGGACGACGUUGAAAUUCUUUUUCAAUAGAAAGAUUCUUAGUCCUGCACAAUGGGAAAUGCUGUAUCCUGUUAUCCCUUCAUUAGUUUCAUCAGCAAACUUUGGUCCUACCCUCUUGAUGGUGCUGCUUAGGAGCAUUUGUCAUCUGAGGUCCCCUGUCAAUGGCUGGGACAACUUUCCUCCUUCAACAGAGAAGAACAUUGAAGAUGACAUUGCCCGUAUAAGGUUUUACAGGAAUGCUUUGGCCAACCAGGCAUCUCUUGACUGUGGUACCUUUGAUAAAUACUGGCAGGACAUCUGUGGCAUCCUGAUCAGACUGGGAUUGGCAAGUUAUGGAACUACAAUUGAUGAACUCAAGAGUAGCAGGAUGGAUCCUGAUAUCGAAGAGCAUUAUCAAGAGCUUUUGAGACAAUGGCAGAGAGAGGAAGAUGAUAUAAAGAAGAAACUCUGGCAGAUGGAAGUGGAAAUGGACAACCUCACGGAAGAAAUCCACCAUGGAGAUGCUGCUUACCCAGCUUAUCUAAUUGGUACUAUCCGCAAACUCUACAAAGCCCACAGGGGAUGGCUUUCACCCUUUCCCUGGCGUGAAGAGUUUCAUGUUCUCCUUGAUGAUAUUACUACUAGACUGAGAAUAUCCUGCUUGAAAACAGAGAGACGAAUGGGGAGGAAGGAAAUCGAAAUGUCUUCUAUCUUUAAAGUACACGAAGGUUGUACUCAGCGGCCAAGAAGAGUGCUUGUUCAAGGAAGGCCUGGAUUUGGAAAGACAACCUUCUGCCGAAAGUUGUGCUAUGAUUGGGCUAAGGUGCAACAAGCAGAUGUUGGUUUGCCAAAAUGUGAAUUGGUGUUGUUACUCAAGUGCCAUGACAUCAACUGUGAUCUUUGGGAAGCCAUUGAUGAUCAACUUCUACCUCGUAAUAUUGGUACAGAAGAGCGGGAGCAGUUCUUUCAGUAUAUCCGCAACAAUCAAUCGAAAGUUUUGUUGGUACUUGAUGGACUAGAUGAGGUACCUUCCGACAACACGCCUGUGUUUUCUGAGAUCAUUCAAGGCAGAGAGCUUCCAAACUGUAAUAUUCUUGCUACAUCACGAGAGAUGGAUGGAAAAAAGGUGAAGAAUUCCUUUGGUACUUUGCUGGAGAUCCAAGGGUUCGCUGAAGAAGAUGUCAGGAUCUUUAUUUCAAGUCACUUUAAACGCAUAAGACCGUGUCUGGUUCAACAGCUUCUCCACAAGGCAAAGCGUAAUCACAAAUUGAAAGACAUGAUGGUAAAUCCCCUCACAACUUCACUUCUUUGCCUUCUUUGUGAAGACUUAAAGGAUCAUUUACCAGAAAGUAAUACACAGCUGUACCGGGAAGCAAUAAGUUCGGUCUUGAGAGGAUAUCCUAAGAAGGAAGGAGUAGUCACCACCAACGAGCAUUUUACUGAGAUUGACAACUCAGAGUUGUUGCAGCUUGGGUCAUUAGCUUUUUGUUCAUUGGUUGAGAAGAAGAUUUACCUUGAAGAAAAUGAGCUUACAAUUAACUUGUCUAAAUUAAGAUUUCUGUCCACAGAGAGCACUAGCCACGCCAAGAAUUCUAGGUAUUUCUUUGCCCACAAGAGUUUUCAAGAAUUUCUUGCAGCCGUUUAUCUGAGUCAUCAAUUGAUGUGCGGAAAAAUGGAUCCGGAAGUUGUGGUGAUGCAACAUUGUCAGGAGCUAAAGGGGGUUCUUCCCUUCACGACUGGCCUGAUAUGGAAAGAAGACACAGCCUUAUGCCUCAUAAAGAGUUUAACCUCCCAAAUCAAUCGUGUGAAUAUUGAUAAAGGCAAGGAGCUAUUCCAUUGUGAAGAUUAUUUCCGUGUUGCCUUGGAUUGCAUUGGAGAAUGUGGGCAAGAAAAUCUUCGCAGAAAAUCAGCCCGUUUCCUUGGAUCUCGUCUUACAAUUGAAGAAGUGGCUUUUCGUGAUGGUACUUCGGGUGACACACUUGUAGAGUUACUGAAAGCUAAUGAAUCUCUGAAGAAGCUCAAACUUUGUAAGAGUAGGAUUCGUGGUGAUUGGAACAACAUCUCCUUGUUCCUGGCAGAAUUUCUUCAAGUUAGUAGAACUCUGACAGAGUUGGAAUUGUCUGGUUUUGGAGGAGGAGAUGCAUGGAAACUUCUUUUUGAGGCCCUCAAAACAAAUACCACUUUACACAGAUUGCAAUUGUGUGGGAGUGUUAUUGACACUGCUGAUGCAUGUUCGCUUGCCGUGUCUCUAAAUGUCAACAGUUCUCUGACAACACUAGACUUGUCUGACAAUGAAAUCGGAUUUUCUGGUGUUGGUGUUCUUGCAGAAGCCCUUAAAGUUAACAUUUCCCUCGCAAAGUUGAAUUUGUCUGGCAAUAACAUUGGUGAUCUUGCUGCUGUGGCCCUUUCCGAGUCGUUGAAGUCAAAUACCACUUUAACGAGUUUAUACCUAAGCAGAAAUGGCAUUGGUGAGUACGGUGUCCGUUCACUUGUAGAGGUGCUGACAGUUAAUGCUUCUCUGAUGAUACUGGACUUGUCUGAGAAUGAAAUUGGUGAUGCUGGUGCAGUGGCACUUGCACAAGCUCUGAAAAUUAACACUGCCCUUGCAGUUUUGAUCUUGUCUAAAAAUGGCCUUGGAGAUGUAGCUGCCCUUGCUCUUGCUGAGGCACUGAAAACCAAUGCUUCUCUGACCACACUGGGAUUGUUGGAGAACAAAAUAAGUGGUUUUGGUGCAAAGUUCCUUGGAGAAGCUCUCGUAGUAAACUCUAAGCUUUCAACUUUGGACUUGUCUUCAAACUGUAUUGACGAUACAGGUGCCAGUUUUCUUGCUGAGGCACUGAAACAUAGAGAAUAAAAGUGAGAUUAAAUGAGACUGACAGGUAAGUUCAUAAGAGAGAGUUUUUGCUUAGCAAUUAUCAAGCCUGACUGUUUGGUGAAUACUGUAAAUAGUGUAAAUUGAUUCUGCCCCAUGAAAACUGUAUACUUACUGUGCGACUACUGUAACCAAGGCCGCCUGAUAAAAUUUUCUACAAAUUUAACGUAUAAAGAUCGUGGAGGUUAACAAUAGUUUUCGAACAAAUUAUUGACGUAAUCAAGCUGUAUAUUACGAAGGCAACAGAUUUUGGUCAUUUUGAUUAGUAACUAUUUUAAAACUUUUAAAAUGCUAGCGGUCAAUUUGCAAAGAAUUUGCUUAAGUGUCACACUGUAAGGCUUUUUGACAGAAAAUAGUUUAUAGCAUUAAGAAAACUGCUCUGAAACCUUGUUUACCGUGUUAAAGCAAUACAGUAAAAACUCACGUAUAAGAACCUAGAUUUUUUCCAAGUUAGCUUAAAUAGGUCCAUAUCUAAAUGGUAUGACAGGUUCUUAUGUAGAGGGGGUCUAAUGAGAAUCUCAACCCUGCAGGGUCUUAAAUCCGGGUUUUUAUACGCGAGUUUUUACUGUAGUUUAAAUAAUCUUGGCCCUCAUUCAAUGAUGAAGCAGUAUAGAACACCUAACUAAUGUGGGCGGAUUUCUGUUUCACUUUCAAACGUUGAUACCUUGGAUAGUAUUCAAGAAUUGUUUAACAAAUUUCUGGCGGACGUUUCUCGUGGAGCUUGUAGGCAGUUAUGUCUUAGGAGGGAUGUUUACCUAAAUUUUGAAUUCCCCUGUCAGAUUUAUCGUUUUGAGUAAUCUUUAAAGGUUGUUGUAGUGGAUUUGCUAUUUCACUUCAUGUUUACAUUCUUUCGUUGGUUUUUUAAAUUUGGAGUCAAUUACAAAAAAAGUGACGUCCUCUUUGAUAAGUUGCUUCUGGAAUUCUCGUCUUGUUACAUGCCCUGGACCGCCGACAGAAGGGUUUUACACUGGUCGCAGGAUUAAAAUCAUCUUUAAUAGUAGUAGUAGUGUGUUUUUGCAUAGUACAAUAUGAUCACGUUUUUCAGAGAUUUCCCGCACUACAGCAUUACUACUGGAGAGUGGCCUUUAAAAAGUGAAGUGAAAAAAUCGGAAAACCAGAAAAACGGUUAAUGAUAAUGAAACAAAGUAAAAAAAUAAACCGAUUGUUGCAAUAAUUAGCUUCAAUUAAAGUUAAAGGAAAAGUGAGCCUUAAUGUAGGAGAAACUUGUAAAUGUGGACUUGAUUGAAUAAUAAAUUGUUGCUCUCAA